AUGGAGGUGGUGAUGUCCUGGAAACAGGUUUUGGAUCCAUACACUGGAGGGACAACAGAGAGGAGAAACAGGUGGAAGGGAAACUACUGGACCUUAGAUCCCAACUGUGAGAAGAUGUUUGACAACGGGAACUUCCGUCGCAAGCGCAAGCGGCGCUCUGAGCCCAACGCCCCCGCCACCGCAUCCGCGGCCUCCUCUCUGGGGGGCCUGAAGGCCGAGGAAGAGCGACCCAUCCCAGCCACGGGCAAACCAUGUGGAAACAGCCCACCCCCGGAGCUGGACCCCUCACCUUCUGCCAGGGACCAUCCAAAAAGCUCCUCUCCCUCCGGUAUCAUUUCAUCCACCCCCAGCUGCCUCAGCACCUUCUUCAGCGGCAUGAGCUCCCUGAGCAGCGGGGGCAGCCGGCUGACGGGGGGUCUCAGCAGUGACCUGCAUCACAGGAACUUCUCUGCUGGACAGCUGAGCAGUGGCACUUUCACCCCUUCCAGCAGCUCUUCUCAGGAGGUGCCUUCACCAGACCAGCUGCAGCGGGUUGCGGGACCUUCCCCCGCCUACUACAGCUCCUUCCAUCCCAGCAGCAGCAGCCAGGGAGCCCAGUACAACCACUACUACAACUUCACGGUGAACAGCCUCAUCUACACCCGGGAUGGAACCGAGGUGUAGGGUCCUGGGGCCGUCGGGCUGCAAAGGGAAUGGGAGUUGCAGGUGUACCUGGCAGCACAGAGGACCAUAUGCUUAUUGCAAACAGCAUUUCAAUGUGGACACUUCCCAGGAGUUCUCCCAGGAAGACGGAUCUUCUCACCUUUCAGAACAAGAACACCCCUUAAACACCAGCAGAAGGCAGAUGCAAAGUCUUUUCCCCAUCCUGGAAAAUGUUAGGUGGUUUAGGUGGUUUGCCAUCUAAAUUCUACAGGCGUGGACUGAAUUAAUGUUUUCAGAGGUUUCUAAUCCUGAAUGUAGAACCAGAAGUUUAAAAACUAUAACCAUAAAGUGGUAUUGGCAAGAGCCAAGUGUAGACAUCCAGCGAGUCUUAGAAGAGAACAGGAAAAAGAAAAUGAAGAGAUUUCUUAUGAAGUGCCUUGUACAAUGUAUUAAAAAAACUCUUCUGCCAGCAAUUGCCUCUGUAAGCCCUUGCUUCUGCCCUGCUCCUGCAAUAUGCAAUGCACAGGGGGAUACUCUGGGUAAACAACCCACCCAAAACCUUCUCAGACUCACAGAGGGUCUUCCUGUGCAUGGCAUAUUGUACAGCGGGGCCGUGUCUUGUAAAACAACCCUUUUCCUUGAGCUUAGUACCAAAGAUAACUCUAGCCAUGCAGCUUUAGCACAAGAAUAAACACUGGGCUAUUUUUAUACAUAUUUGUACGUAAUGUAACUCUUCUGUACAUACGUUUCUAUGUGGUUUUAUAUUUGUAAAUUAUGCUCUGGAGCUGUACUUAUUUAUAAUGUGUUUUAAACUUUGUUAAAGUUUAUUUUACUUCGU